AUGGGAGUACCGGCGUUUUACCGCUGGCUAGCGGAGAAGUACCCAAUGGUCGUUGUAGAUGUUAUCGAGGAAGAGCCGGUGGAAAUCGACGGCAUUAAAAUUCCUGUGGAUACAAGUAAACCUAACCCUAAUCAAAUUGAGUAUGACAACCUGUAUCUCGAUAUGAACGGAAUAAUUCAUCCCUGUUUUCACCCCGAAGACCGGCCUUCUCCAACUUCUUUUAAUGAGGUGUUUCAAUGCAUGUUUGACUACAUAGAUCGGCUUUUUGUGAUGGUGCGGCCACGAAAACUUCUGUAUAUGGCUAUUGAUGGUGUUGCCCCAAGGGCAAAAAUGAAUCAGCAGCGCUCUAGGCGGUUUAGAGCAGCCAAAGAUGCAGCAGAUGCGGCAGCUGAGGAGGAGAGGCUGAGGGAGGAGUUUGAGAGGGAAGGCAGAAAGCUUCCUCCCAAACAAGAAUCCCAAACUUUUGACUCCAAUGUCAUCACCCCUGGGACUGAAUUUAUGGCAGUUCUGUCAGUUGCUCUGCAGUACUAUGUUCACCAAAGAUUAAACAAUGAUCCUGGAUGGAAACCCAUAAAGGUUAUCCUUUCUGAUGCUAAUGUUCCUGGUGAGGGGGAACAUAAGAUAAUGUCGUAUAUUCGUCUUCAAAGGAAUCUUUCUGGUUUUGAUCCAAACACCCGCCAUUGCUUAUACGGUUUGGAUGCAGAUCUGAUCAUGUUGGCUUUGGCGACCCAUGAAGUUCAUUUUUCAAUACUUAGAGAGGUCGUAUUUACUCCUGGACAACAAGACAAGUGCUUUAUCUGUGGUCAAAUGGGUCACUUAGCAGCAACUUGUGAAGGAAAGGUGAAGAGGAAGGCAGGGGAAUUUGAUGAAAAAGGAGGUGCUGAUAUUGUGCCUAAGAAGCCAUACCAGUUCCUCAACAUUUGGACUCUUAGAGAGUACCUGGAAUAUGAGAUGAGAAUUCCUAAUCUUCCUUUCAAGAUCGAUUUUGAGCGAAUAGUUGAUGAUUUUAUCUUCAUGUGUUUCUUUGUUGGGAACGACUUUCUACCACAUAUGCCCACAUUGGAAAUACGUGAGGGUGCAAUUAAUUUACUUUUAGCCGUAUAUAAAAAGGAGUUUAGGGCCCUUAAUGGGUAUCUGACUGAUGGAAGCAAGCCAGACCUUAGCAGAGUGGAGCAAUUCAUUCAGGCUGUGGGAUCAUACGAAGAUAAAAUAUUUCAGAAAAGGGCCCGUUUGCAUCAGAGACAAGCUGAAAGGAUAAAACGUGAUAAAGCUCAAGCCAAAUCUCAAGCAACAAGAGGAGAUGAUGCUGAACCACAAAUGGAACCUGAAUCACUUGUUCCAGUUGGCCGGUUUCAGGGAUCACGUCUUGCUUCUGGUCCUUCACCAUCACCAUAUGAACCUAAGGGAUUCCAUGGUAAUCAAAGCCAUCCCCGACCACAAAAAUUGGCACGCUUGUCUUCCGGUUCAACCGUUGGUGCUGCCAUUGUUGAAGCUGAAAGCAGUCUUGAAAGAGAUGUACUUGACAACAAAGAAGAACUGAAGACGAAGCUGAAGGGGAUACUUCGUGAAAAAUCUGAUGCUUUUAAUUCUGAGCAGCCAGAGGAAGAUAAGAUAAAACUGGGAGUGCCUGGGUGGAAAGAAAGGUACUAUGAAGAUAAGUUCUCUGCAAAUUCACCUGAAGAGCUUGAGGCAAUACGGAGAGAUGUUGUCCUAAGAUAUACCGAAGGCUUGUGUUGGGUGAUGCACUAUUAUUAUGAAGGCGUAUGUUCCUGGCAGUGGUUUUAUCCAUACCAUUAUGCACCCUUUGCUUCUGAUCUUAAGGAUCUUGGAGAAUUAAGUAUCAACUUCGAACUAGGUUCACCAUUCAAACCAUUUAAUCAGCUGAUGGGUGUGUUCCCUGCUGCAAGUUCCCAUGCCCUUCCUGAGCAUUACAGAAAAUUGAUGAUGGAUCCAGAUUCACCUAUUAUUGAUUUUUACCCAACCGAUUUUGAAGUUGACAUGAAUGGCAAGCGGUUUGCGUGGCAGGGAAUAGCAAAGUUGCCUUUCAUUGAUGAAGAGCGUCUUCUUGCAGAAGUAAUGAAAGUAGAACAUACUUUAACGGAGGAAGAGGCUCGGAGAAAUAGUACGAUGUGUGACAUGCUUUUUGUGGCAUUAUCGCACACACUAUCUCCGUACAUAUUUUCUCUGAAUGACCGUUGCAAACAAUUAUCGGCCAGGGAACGAGUUGAAGUCAGAGAACAAAUUGACCCUUUGGCAAGUGGUGGAAUGAAUGGCUAUAUAUCUCUUUGCGCUGGAGAUCCCUGCCCUCCAAUAUUCAGUUCACCUGUUGAAGGGAUGGAUGAUAUCAUGGACAAUCAAGUCAUAUGUGCUAUAUAUAGACUUCCUGAAUAUCAUAACCAUAUAUCUCGACCACCUCCAGGGGUCAAACCACCCAAAAAGACUGUAACGGUGGACGAUUUGCAACCGGAGCCUACUUUAUGGCAUGAAGAUACUGGAAGGAAGCCCUGGGAGAAUGGAAGGAAUGGACACAACAGGCAUCAUAACCCCCCUGGAUCUGCCUCUGGCCGACAGCUUGGAGAUGCUGCACAUCGGCUUGUCACCAAUAGCUUACAAUUAAAGAACGAUAGGAAUGGUCAUCAUCAAGCAUAUGACCCGCACCCACAUCAUGGGCCACCACCUCCUUUCCGACCUUACCAGAGUCAUAGACCACCCUAUAAUCAGGACCAGAGUAGGAUGGUGCAACCUAGAUCCAGUUAUCCUCCACAUAACUAUGAUCCGAGUUACGGCCAACCUAAUUAUCCUUCAGGUACCCGUUAUAGCGGCCGGCCUGAUUUUAUCGAGGGUAGUGGUGGUAGACACACACAUGGGUACCACCAGAAUCAACAUGUAUACCCUCCACCACCACGUGGCCACCAUCAAAGCCCACAACCGCCUGCUAGCAGUAGUUACUAUUCGCAGCAAGGUGGUGCUUACAACAACAGUGGGAACUACGGCGCCACCAAUCAUCAUCAACCACCGACUGCGGGCUGGGCUCCUCGUGGUGGCGGAAGAGGCCAGGUACGCCCUCAACAUGGUGGAGGCAACCAGUUUUCAGCGUUGAGUAGAGAUGGAACAGGUAGAAGGCCGCAGCAGCCUCAUCGCCGCUAGACCAUCAGUGGCACCGGUCUACCAUUUGUAACAUUUGAACUUGUAUUUCUUAGAGAUCUUGUAUAAUAUUUGUGUUUUUUUAGGUCUAGUAGUCUGUUUACUAUAUGAAAAACCAAUUCCAGUUCCUAAAGAUUUACACAUAUAGGUUAGGUUCACAAGAUGAUUGGAUGGUGUUGUAUACUUGCCUUUUAUGUGCCUUAUUAGCAGCUUCUGGAGCAAUAAAACUCAGAAAAUCUUUAUUCC